AUGCUCGGAGAGAUAGACGAAUCGACACUCAUUAACCUGGUAAUACACAAUUUUAAACAGCAUGAAGGCGACGCCCGGCAAAGGGAUAUUCGCCAAGAAGUUAUUUCCGACCUUCUACUGGUAUGCCUUGGUCUGGUUCAAGACAAUUCAAAUAGGGAUGGCAAGAAAUGCUACGAAGAAAUAAAUAUAAAAGAACGGAUGGAUCAAGUAGCAUCAAGUGCGAAAAGCAAAGGACUGUUCCUAUUGCCAUCUGAAAUUUCAUCAGCACAAAUAAUGGAACCAGGGGAAUACGAUUCCAGAUCAAGAGCGAUAUUAUUUGAAUUUUCAAAACAUUUUGAAAUUUCGGUAUCCAUGGUUAAGGCUUUGGAGAAAGUUUUGGCGCAGCAUUUGUAUUUUCUGCAGCAACAGCAGAUUGAAGGUGGAUUAAAAAACAGCGAUGUAGAUACCAGUAUACAAGAAUUACAAGAUGGCGCCAGCACAAGCUUGGUCAACCGUGAAAAGAAAAAGAAGAAAUGGCGUUGGAUGGCCACUGGUGUUGGUGUGGUUGUUGGAGCAACCGCAAUAGGCUUGACUGGUGGUUUGGGUGAUGAAGCCGCUCCAUUAGUUGCAGCUGGUAUAGGGGCGAUAACUGGGGCAGGGAUAAUUGCAACAACUGCCUCAAGCGUGGUUAAUAUUGUCAUUUCGGGGUACCUCUUGGAAAGUAGCAAUGAAGUGACCAAACCUUGGCUCCCGACGUUCGAAAACACCGCAGACUAUAGUGACACCUUUGCGUUGUCUUUCGAUCCCGAGAUUCUCAGAUCGCUUGGACGGGCGUUUCGCAUGUUCUUGGCCGAAUCUGCUGUCAAGGUCGCCGCGCAAUCGGCAUUACAAAAGACUGUGUUCGCAACUUUGGCGAGUGCCCUUAUGCUACCGGCGACGCUGAUGAAAGCAAGUGAUUUGAUAGAUAAUCCUUGGGCAUUAGGCGUUGAUCGUGCAUGCAAGGCUGGUUUGGUUUUAGCGGAUGUUUUGAUCGGACGAGUUCAAGGAAAGCGCCCUACUGUAUUGGUAGGAUAUUCACUUGGCGCCUUGGUAAUUUGGUCAUGCCUGUGCGAAUUGGUGAAGAGACAAAAGUAUGGCUUGAUCGACAGUGUGAUACUCAUUGGUGCGCCGGUUCCCUCUACACCCGCUACUAAAUGGCAAGAAGCAGCCAGCGCAGUUUCCCGUCGAUUCGUGAAUGCAUAUGCAACUAACGACAUUGUACUUGGACUGAUUUACAGAAUGCAUUCAUUUGGUCUUAAUGUCGCUGGACUGGAGCCUAUUAAAUGCGACAGGGUCGAAAAUUUUGAUAUUACCCCCUUCACUACUGGGCAUUUAGGCUAUUGCGAACCGAAUACAUUGACGAAAAUACUUGAGGAGAUUGGACUAGGGUGA